GUCAAGUGGUAUGGGAGUGCUCCAGCUGUGAAUAUGCUGAGGGCAUUUGGGUGCAUGGUAGUGUUUCAUGUGCCUAAGGAGAAAAGGGGGAAGUUGGAGGCUUCUGGAAGAUGGGGUGUGCACUUGGGGAUUGCAAAGGAUCACAAGGGGUGGCUGCUAUGGGACUUGACCACCCAGAAGUUGACAGUGUCAAGGGAUGUGAAGUUUCUUGAGUCCCUGUACUACAAGGAAUGGAAGCAGCAGCAACAGAAGCUUCCAUCUACACCGCUCAUUGUGGAGGCGGAUGAGGUGCAGCGGCCUUCAAGACAGGUAGAGGUUGCAGUGUCAGAGGAGGAGAUGUCUGGGGUGACUGAGGAAGGGGGAGCAGCUGAAGUAGAGCAGCAGCAGCAGCAGCAGCAUGAGUCUCCAUCUCGAGUUCCACACCCGCCUGAGCGACCUAGGAGGGAUGUGCGCCCUCCGGUGAGGCUGACCUAUGGGGGAAGAGGCAAGCCGAAUGUGGUGCAGGCUGGGAGUGUGGUUGAGCAGAUUGAGGAAGAUGAGAUCGCUCACUGCUACUGGGCACCAAUCCCUGAGCCCAAGACUCGAGAGGAGGCCUUGAAUGGACCAAAUGGGGAGAAGUGGAAGGCGAGUGAGGAUGAGGAGUUUGGGUCCCUGAUUGAGAACGAGACAUGGGACCUGUGUGACUUGCCUCCUGGAAAGAAGGCAAUCACUUCCAAGAUGAUCUACAGGCACAAGUAUGGACCUGAAGGGGAGCUGACCCGAUACAAGUCUAGGCUUGUGGCACGGGGGUUUCAGCAGACAAAAGGGAAGGACUAUGAUGAGGUAUUUGCUCCUGUGGGGAAAGGAACAACACUGAGGGUGCUGUUGGCGAUAGCUGCACUCCUGGGAUGGAAGAUACGGCAGAUGGACAUUGUGACUGCCUUUCUGAAUGGGAUCAUUCUGGAGGAGGUGUACAUGAAGCAGCCAGAGGGGCUGGAUGAUGGGAGCGGCAGGAUUCUUGAACUUUGAUUGAACUCUUGAGAUUGAGU